GAGGCCAACUCACUCCCUACCUAUGUUCUUAUGGACAAGCUCGUACCAUGUUUGUCAUCUGGUAAAAUGAAAACCCUCUUGGUCCAUCAUCUUUAGAGUAGCCAUUGAUGAAGACUUAAAAGCUCUGAAUUUCAGAAACAAGUUCAUUGAGACAACUAACUUGAUUUCAUCAAGGAUUACGAAAGAAUGUCUGAAGCUCUUCAACUACCAGUCAUUGACUUGUCUUCAGAAGAUCGCCUCUCCACUGCCAAAUCUAUUCGUCAAGCAUGCUUGGACCUGGGUUUCUUUUAUCUUGUAAAUCAUGGGGUUGAGGAAGAACUGAUUAAGAAAGUUUUCGAGCACAGUAAGAAGUUUUUCGCACUCCCGCUCGAAGAGAAGGUCAAUUUUGCUGUCAAUAAUCACAGAGGUUACACGGGAUUGUACGACGAGAAACUCGAUACUAGUUUAAAUACCGCCAUAGGUGAUGCUAAAGAAAGCUUCUAUAUCGGUACAUUAGCAGAAAAUCACCUGAAUCAAUGGCCUUCCGAAGAAGAUAUGCCAUCUUGGAGAAGCACAAUGGAGGCUUACUAUAGAAAAGUCUUGUUUGCUGGGAUGAAGUUAAUUUCUUUAAUUGCCUUGGCUUUGAACUUGGAUGAAGAUUUCUCAAAAAUCGGGAGCUUGAGUAAACCAAUGGCCUUUUUGCGCUUAAUACACUAUCCAGGGGACGUGCGCUCUUCUAGGGAAGGGGUAUAUGGUGCUUCUGCACAUUCGGAUUAUGGAAUGGUCACUCUUCUGCUGACUGAUGGUGUUCCAGGGCUUCAGGUUUGCCGGGAAAAAUCCGAGCAACAGAAAGUAUGGGAGGAUGUGCCAAUCAUAAGUGGGGCAUUCAUCGUCAACAUAGGGGACAUGAUGGAGAGGUGGACUAAUUGUUUGUUCCGGUCAACAAUGCACCGAGUGAUACCAACCGGACAAGAACGCUACUCGGUGGCAUUCUUUCUAGAACCCAACAAAGACUGUAUAGUGGAAUGCUUGGAGAGUUGUUGCAGUGAGUCUUGUCCCCCAAGAUUUCCACCUAUCCGUAGCUCGGACUACCUGGAAGAACGCUUUAGACUUGCUGCUACUGCUUCUACUGAAAAUCAUCGGAUUAACAUUUAACGGCUGCAGUUAUGUAUUGUUAGGUAU